AGAUUAUGAAUGAUGAGGAAUUUGAACAAUUAAGCAAUGUAAAUAUUAAUAUUGGAGAAACUUCUCUGCAUCGGGCUGCUAAACUUGGUCUCGAAUGGGCAAUAAAGUUUCUAGCAGGAAAAGGUGCAUAUAUUAAUGCUAAAGAUGAAGAUAGAAACACGCCUUUACACCUAGCUGCUCAAAAUGGUCAUAUAAAGGUAGUAAAGGCCCUGUUAGAACAAAAAAGUAUAGAAUUUAAUGCUAAAGAUAAACACGGAUGCACUUCUUUACAUUUGGCUGUGUUAAAUAAUCAUAUAGGGGUAGUAAACCUCCUAUUAGCAGAUAAAAAUAUAGAUAUUAAUGUUGAAGAUAAAAAUGGAGACACUGCUUUAAAUCUAGCCAUUAAAUAUGGUUAUAAAGNAUAAACAUGGAUAUACACCUUUACAUUGGGCUGUGUUAAAUAAUCAUAUAGGGGUAGUAAACCUCCUAUUAGCAGAUAAAAAUAUAGAUAUUAAUGUUGAAGAUAAAAAUGGAGAUACUGCUUUAAAUCUAGCCAUUAAAUAUGGUUAUAAAGAGAUAGUAGAUGCCCUAUUAACACAAAAAGUUAUAGAGGUUAAUACUCAAAAUAAAUAUGGAGACACUUCUUUGCAUCUAGUGGUUCGGGAUGGUCAUGAAGAUAUAGUAAAGGCUCUAUUAAAAAAAGAAGGUAUAAAAGUUAAUACUCAAGAUAAACAUGGAUAUGCACCUUUACAUUUGGCUGUAUUAGAUAAUCAUAUAGGGGUAGUAAAACUCCUAUUAGCAGAUAAAAAUAUAGAUAUUAAUGUUGAAGAUAAAAAUGGAGACACUGCCUUAUUUUUGGCUAUGAGAAGUGUUAAUAGAGGAGAGAUAGUAGAUGCCCUAUUAAAAAAAGAAGGUAUAAAAGUUAACACGCAAGAUAAAUAUGGAGACACUUCUUUGCAUCUAGUGGCUCGGGAUGGUCGUGAAGAUAUAGUAAAGGCCCUAUUAGAACAAGAAGGUAUAAAAGUUAAUACUCAAGAUAAACAUGGAUAUACACCUUUACAUUGGGCUGUGUUAAAUAAUCAUAUAGGGGUAGUAAACCUCCUAUUAGCAGAUAAAAAUAUAGAUAUUAAUGUUGAAGAUAAAAAUGGAGACACUGCCUUAAUUUUGGCUAUGAGAAGGGGUAAUAGAGAGAUAGUAGAUGCCCUAUUAAAAAAAGAAGGUAUAAAAGUUAACACGCAAGAUAAAUAUGGAGACACUUCUUUGCAUCUAGUGGCUCGGGAUGGUCGUGAAGAUAUAGUAAAGGCCCUAUUAACCCCAACUAUGGAUUAA